AUGAACUUGCAAAAGAAACGCGCAGCCACUGAAUUUACAGGUGACCUAAAGCGCCACACAGCGCAAAAAACCAAUGGCGAGGAGGACCUGGUGUUUGAGGACCCGUUUGGAGACGAUAUGGAGGAUGAAGAGAUGAUUGAGAAUGACAGUGACGAGGAUGUUGUAGACGACAAGGAAUUGUCCAAUAAGGAUGUAGACAUGGACGAGAAUGAGCAGGCUGACAAGCAAGUGAAGAAGGUUUUCGUGCCUGGUGUAGACAAGCUGCAGGACGACGAAGUGCUGGACUACGAUAGCAGUGCUUAUGACAUGUACUAUGCCAUGACGGCUGAAUGGCCUUCGCUUAGUAUUGAUGUUGUACGCGAUACCCUCGGUGCUGUACGCUCGCGUUUCCCGAUGACGGUGUUCAUGGUGGCUGGUACACAGGCGACCAAUUUAGAUGACAACCAGAUCACAGUCAUGAAGAUGUCAGAGCUGCACAAGACCAAGCGCGAUGAUGACUCGGACUUGGAAGAUGAAGAUUUGGAAGACGAGGAUGAGACGGAGGGAGACCCGGUGCUUGAGUCUCGCUCCAUUCCUCACCCCGGCGGUGUGAACCGUAUUCGCUGCAUGCCGCAGUCCUCCAAUAUUGUAGCUACCUGGUCGGAUCGCAAAAAGGUGCACCUUUGGGAUAUUGCUAAACAGCUUGAGUCACUGAACGGCAAGGCGGGUGCUCCACUGCCGACAAAGCAGGCACCCGUGUACACGUUCUCGGGACACGCUGAUGAGGGUUUUGCCAUGGACUGGUCUCCUGUACAGACUGGUCGUCUCGUAACGGGCGAUUGCAGCAAGUAUAUCUACCUCUGGGCCAACUCGAAUAGUGCAUGGAGCGUCGACAAGGUGCCGUUCACGGGCCACACAAGCUCGGUAGAAGACCUACAGUGGAGCCCGACGGAGGCAUCAGUGUUUGCUUCAUGCUCGUCCGACCGUACUGUGCGUAUUUGGGACACCCGUCGAAAGGCCGGUAGUAUGCUGUAUGUUGCUGCUCAUGACGACGACGUGAACGUGAUUACAUGGAAUCGUAACGUCGCUUACUUGUUGGCGUCUGGUUCGGACGAUGGAUCGUUUAAGAUUUGGGACUUGCGCAACUUUAAGGCCGACAAUCCGGUGGCGCACUUUCGGUACCACACGGCACCCGUUACAUCUAUUGAAUGGCAUCCAACCGAUGAGUCAGUGCUGGCUGUAUCAGGUGCAGACAAUCAGAUCUCGGUUUGGGAUAUGUCUGUGGAAGAGGACGCUGAAGCUGCUGUGCCUGUUGAAGGAGAGAAGGGCGAGGCAAAGCUGGAUCUUCCGCCGCAGCUGCUGUUUAUCCACCAGGGCCAAACCGACAUUAAGGAACUGCAUUUUCACCCGCAGUGCCCAGGUGUGCUCAUGAGUACGGCAGGCGACGGCUUUAACGUCUUUAAACCUGCUAAUAUUUCGUAA